AUGGAGGCAGGAGUUUCUUCCAUGGGCUUGCAAUUAGGCACAUGGAUGAACCCGGAAAAUAUCGCAAGAAAACCGAACAAUUCUUUGCAUUUUUUUCAGAAGUAUGGGGAGCGAUCGGUUUACCAGGUACCGGCUAGUUGUCGUCUGCUAGCCACAAGUUUAAGGUUUCGUGGACCUAAAGUUUUAAGGGUCUCAUGUUCCGAUAGUAGUUCAGCUUCCUUGCUGGAGGCUGGCAGGUUUCCUGCCUUUUUCGAUGACUCUAAGAUAAUAAAGAAUAAAUCGGAAGAGGUUGAACCAUAUUUGCAUGGUAGAUGUAUAUACCUUGUUGGCAUGAUGGGAUCGGGAAAAACAACCAUUGGCAAGGUUUUGGCAGAAGCCCUUGGAUAUUCAUUUUAUGACUGUGACAAAAUGAUAGAGGAGGCUGUUGGUGGAAGAACAGUGGCUGAAAUCUUCAAGUCAUAUGGCGAGAAAUUUUUCAGAGAUAAUGAGACUGAGGUAUUGCAUGAAUUGUCUUCAAUGCGUCGGUUAGUUGUUUCCACAGGUGGAGGUGCAGUGAUUCGGCCUGUGAAUUGGAGACAUAUGCGAAAGGGUGUAACUGUUUGGUUAGACGUGCCUUUGGAAGCCUUAGCACAAAGAAUCACAACUGUUGGAACUCAUUCUCGGCCCCUUUUGCAUCAUGAAUCCGGAGAUCCUUAUUCUAAGACUAUGAAGCGGUUAUCUGCCCUUUUUGAAGAGAGGGGUGAAGCUUAUGCCAAUGCAGAUGUUAGAGUUUCUCUUCAAAAUAUUGCGGCAAAACUUGGAUAUGAGGAUGUAUGCAAUAUCACUCCAACUGCAAUUGCACUUGAGGUACUUGUACAACUCGAGAAUUUCUUGAAGAAUUAA